AUGGCAUUGCCCACUGCACCUCAAGAUUGGACUCGUGAGGGGUUCCUGAUCUCAACAGACAAAACAUUACUCUCCAUCUCCGCGAUAAACUCCGCAUUCCAACAAGACUUCAUAUACUGGACCAGUACUUUUCCCGAUGAGACCUUGCAGCAAAUUGUGAACAAUUCUUUCUGUCUGGGCCUGUACAAAACAAGUCCCCCAAACUCAGACAAUAUCGCUCGUUCGACACAAAACAGCAAGACAACAAAUAUAGACCAGAUUGGUUUCGCGCGUCUGAUUACCGAUAAUAUCACGUUUGCAUACCUGACUGAUCUGUACGUCCUCCCGGAGUACCAAGGCCUGGGUCUUGGGGGCUGGCUAGUCAACUGUGUGGACGAGCUUCUGGAACCCCUCCCACACCUGCGAUGGGCGAUGCUACGGACGUCGAUGAAGAAAAGCCAGGAAUCGUAUGAAAAGCGGCUUGGGAUGCAUGUCUUGAAAUCAAGUGAUAUCAGCGAGGGUCCUGUUAUGAUGGGGAAGAAGGGGAGGGCAGGCAGGGCAUGA